AUGCCAGCCUUUGCAAUGAUGGCUCAUAAGGUGCAGGGGCAAACACUGCGUAAUGUCAUCAUUGAUUUAGAGAGUUGUCGAGGCACUGAAGCUCCGCCCUUUAAGAUUGAUAAGAUUCAGAAGAGGCAAUCAGAAGACUAUCGGAACGAGAGCAGACGACUAAGGGUUCUGCAGUUACUUACUAAUCAGAAAUAUGGCAACAAGAGAGAGAUAGAGGGUGCAAAUAAAGAGCUCGCACAAAUUGCUGUAGUCUGCAAUCCGAAUUCACUUCAUGUGAAUGAGGAUACUGACGCUAAUAGCCUCGGCGACCGACAGUUGUUACAAUUCGAAGAAGCAGUGGAUCGAUUGGGUUUGGUGAAGACAAAACGAAAAAAUGAAUCGGAUAACGAACAUCAACGUCGCCCAAAGCGUCAUAGGGCAGACACUCGUAAAUUGGUGAAUGAACGUUUAGGAAAUGCGAGAGCAUUGGGACUCCAAUUGCGAGCGUUUGUGGACCGUCGGCCAUUAUUAGCAGCAACCUUGUGUCGUCUGCAUCGACAUGUUUGGGAUAGGGUCAUCUCGAAUAUGCACAGCACAUUGUUUGCGGGUCCAUUUGUCCGAUGGCAUGCUUACUUUCAACACACCCUCACUUAUGCCCCUAACGAUUGGUCACCUUCGAUCAAUAAUCGAAUGAUUGUAUUGGUCAAAAGUAACUUCCGCCUCCGCUUUUCGAUCGUGUUUGGAGGGGUGGCAUCGGUCAUUUUGCUGCCUGUUUGGGUAGAGGAUAGGUGGCAACCGAACGUCGACUCGCCUAAUUUUCCCCCAUGCCAAAAAGAUAACAAUGUAAUAGAUUUACGGUCGCCGAGUCUGGAAGAGCAGGAAAGGAGACAGCUCAGACCCGUUUUUCCGCAAGAGGUUAUUGACGAGAUCAUUUGCCUGGCAUGCUUUUCGGAUAGCAUUCUUCCAGGGCCCAAGAAUACACCCCAAGAAGUGUGGGAGCUGUUCGAGCACGUACCACAUAUCAUACAUUUUGUUCGCCGCAUGGACAUCGAACUGGAUCCAAUACCAUGA